AUCCAUAUGAUCUGUGUAACUGUCUGCCUUCCCUAGGCCCUAGCUUGCCUGAAACUUUCAGCUCAGUCAGAAAUUCGCGGGCAUAUUGAUAGGUAGAAAUGUGUCUAGAUUUCUCUCCUACCUUCCCGUCGAAACGGCCAUCUGGCACGUCUCGGCAGACAGCAAUGCACAAAGGCAUCUAUCUCAGAACAAAUUCCCUUGCACACACGCACGCACACCUUUGGGGGCUGCUGGUGUUGCAGGCACACUAUAAAUAGCAGAACCAAACAUUAACAAACCCAACAUUGUAACCCUGCAUUGCACAUCACAGAAACACUCGUAGUAAUUAAUUUGCAGCUAGUUGUUUGCACCAUGGCGCAGUACUACUCGGAGGUGGACCACUGCGCGGAGGAGAUGAACAGGCCGCCGCACGCCGGCGGCGAGCACUACGCCGUCAGGAGGGAGUCGUACGAGGAGGUGGACGAGAUGGCGCGCGCCGGCAGGGGGCACCACCACGGCAACGGCGGCGGCGGCGGCCACCUGGGCUACAGCGGCAGCCGCCACGGUGAUGCCCAUCUGGGCGGCCACCGGGAGGAGCACCUCGUCCACGGUGACGAGCACCGCCACGGCCACGGCGGCGGGCGCCAGUACGACUCCUGCACCGGCCAGUACUACGGCUGAGCACGUUCGGUCGCACCGGACGACGUACGCGAGGCUGCAGUUUCUGUAUGACUAUGUGUGAGUGUGUGUGUGUGUGUGUGCACGGUCGUGUACAUGGUGUGUGUGUGCGCGCUCUGACGCACGUACGAGCGUGUGUCUACGCGCACAUGCAGCAUCUUAUCUAUGGUCUGUACGUACGAGAAUAAAUGAGACCGUGGUACAUGAAUAAAUAAGAGCUUCGACGUGCUUCUAUAUAUGCACGUUUGUUACAGUA